AUGUCGCGACAGGAACUUUUAGUCACCAGCAAGUACGAGGAUUUUGUUGCAACAGCUCUGGAGUUCACUGAGCUGCUGCUCAUGGACUUCGGAGGCCUCAUCUCUGAGACGCGUGAGAUCUGCUCCAAGAUCCCUGAGCGGCAGUUGGACCCUGCUCGAGAGCAGCGCUUUAGCAAGUGCAACACGUCAGGGGCAAACUUACCGGAACUGCGGCAAGUUGACGAGCAGCCUCAAGGCUUGGGACCUUGCACGGCCAUGUCUCGGGUGGAAUCAGGUCACAUGAGGCGGCGUGCUGGAAAGGACGCGUCGGAGCAAAAGAUCUCCACGCUGGGCCCAGCUGAUUUGUUUUCGCCACCAGACUUCGUAGCAGUUCUGUGGCCGCUGGCCUUUGGCCUUCACGCCAUGGCGAUGUGUCAAACUAUGGGCUCCUACACCCCAGUGAGGCAGUACACUGGGCCGCCUGCGAUGGUCGGUAGUUACCCCAGUAUGCCUGCUGUGUCCCUGGCGCCAUUUCCAACUGCUUGCUUGGAGGCCGCCAGAUCAUAUAGCCCAGCAAUGGCCACUCCUAUCUCUACUGGAUGCCAUGUGCAAACCGUCCAAACUUUACCUGUGAGACAGUCUUCUGCUGCCAGUCUCGGUGGCAGGGUCACGGGGCCAACCACGCCCAUCCACACCCCUGGACGUGGCGGGAAAGCAGCGACUGCGGCGACGGUGCCGCCCCCUGCGCCACUGCUGGCAGCACAGGCCCAAGAGAUCGACUUCUUGAAGAAGCAGCUCGAGGAGUCGCGUGGCAACGAGACACGCUUACAGGAGGAGUUGGCUGCUGCAAAAUCUGAGAUCAGUCGACUGGCCGAAGCCUUGUGGAAGGAGAAGCAGUUAUAUGCUGCACCCGUGACGACUGAGUCAGUGGACUUGGACUUGCCACGGGAGGUUCCGCGUGCCGUUCCGGUGGCGGCCAGGGGCCCCUUGGUGGAGCGCACGGCGGAGCCAUUUCGCGUGAAAUCCACGGAGCGCCUUGGCCGGGCGGAGAACCGGCGUGGCAGCGAGUCCAGUGAAGCCAACUCAGCCCCGUUGAGUUACCGGAAGCCUCUGAGACGAGGAGCCUCUCCAGUGAUUCGAAGACCAAGUCGAGAUGAGGUUGAAGAGAAACUCAGUGACUACUUGGCCAAUUCGCCACAUUGCAAGCUUGAGUUCUGCCGGUUGAAUCAGGGCUGGUACCAAUAUCGCCAUGGAACCGACAGCUCGGUGCCACAGAAGUGCAUCGAGAUGUCCGUGGUCAAUGGCAAACUAAUGGUGAAGUUGGAGCCAACCUCCCAUGAUCGCGGCUGGUGGCCCCUUUUUCGGAGCCUCAACACUGUGUCUUCGGUCUUGUCCAUCGGUGGCUGCCUCCUGGUCAUUGGGGCGUUUCUGGCCUUCCCAGCCUUGAGGCGCUACUUUGCGCGCUUGGUCCUGUACCUGGCCAUAAGCGACCUGUGGCUUUGCACCUCCUUUCUGAUGGGUGAGUUUGAACGCCCCCACUACACCAAGUGUGUGGUGCAAUCGAUGCUAGGCAUCUUUUUCGGUUUGUCCUCGAUUCUCUGGACGGUGGCCAUUGCAGACUCCAUCCGACGCAUCGUCAUGGCCCGAGAUUUGACCGUGGAAAGCCGGCAUGAAAAGCGACUUCACAUUGGCUGUUGGGGUCUACCGCUGCUGGCCUUGGGCCUGGUCCUGGUCUUGGGUGCCACCGGGCCCAGCGGGAUGAUCUGCUGGAUUGAAAACUCGGCGCUCGGAACCGUCUUGCGUCUUGCGACCUUCUACUUGCCUUUGUGGCUGGCCAUUGCUUACUCCCUCUGGGUCUAUUGGUGCGUCUCCCAACGCCUGAGCCACCUUUUGGAUGAGUCCAGCAACGCGGAUGAAUACGAGGGCACUGCCUUCGAAUACCACAAGGACUUGGAACGGCAGCGGCGAUCGCUGCGGCUGAUGAUGCUCCUACCCCUGAUUCUGGUCUUUUGCUGGUCGCCCAGCUCGCUUCGCAGGUUGUUGGACGUGGUUUUUCCGCACAUGGGCAGAUCCAUCUUGGAUUAUGUGUGUGUCUUCACUGGACCCCUGCAGGGUUUUCUGAACGCCUUGGUCUAUGGCUCUACACCCGCCGUGCGAGAUGCCAUCACAGGCCGCUUCGACCACGGCGCCGCGAAGCUGAAAGGCCUCAAGUCGCAGCUCCGCAUGCUGCGCCGCAAGCGGAAGAAGUUUCAGAACUUCGAGGAUGCCCCUUCGCCGGACGGCGAUGGCGCUUCGGAUGGUGCCUCUGGGCCGGAGCCCACCGUGAUCGGCCGUGAGAUGGAGGAGAGUCCUCCGGCUCUUGCUGGCGUCUUCACCAGCGACACCAAGGAGGCUCAUCUGAAAGGCGGCCUCCAACUGGACGAGGUCACUCCUGUGGUGGCUGGAUAG